AAGGUGUAAGUUGCAGGGGGAGGCGUGGCCGCCAGUGUCAAAGUAUUGCUAAAGGAGGACUGUCUGGGGGAACGUGUCGUGUGCGAGGCAAGUGUCAUGAGUGGCCAGGUGGGGGAGUUAUCCUCUGAACAACAAGACGCACUCGAGAAGUUGAAGAGUGCAGUGGCGGGCGUGGAGGAGUUGGUGGGGAAGGACGACCGCUAUUUCCUGAGAUGGCUGAGGGCGCGCAAGUUCGACUUGGCCAAGGCAGAAAACAUGCUUAGGAAGCACAUUGAGACGAGGAAGAAAUACAAACUGGACACGAUUCUCACUGACUACAAGCCGAAUGAGGUACUGGAGAAGUAUUUCCCUGGAGGUGCAAUGGGAGAGGACAGAGGUGGCCACAUGGUGUGGUACGACAACUUCAACUAUGAUUUCAAAGGGCUCCACUACUCGGUGAGGCUGGAGGAAAUCUUUCUGUGUGUGUUAUACCGUGCAGAGCUGGUCCUAAAACUGAGCAAAGAGUCCACUGCUAAGGAAGAGCUGGUCACAUUUGUCAUUGACUAUGAGAAGCUCUCACUACAGAGGCACUACUACUGGCCAGGAAUACAGAUGAUCAGAAAGAUACUUUCAAUGAACGAGGCAAACUACCCCGAUGUUGUAAAGCGAGCCUUUUUGAUAAACUUGCCGGCUCUCUUUCCAAUGGGUUUCAAUCUCAUAAAGCAAGCUCUGAGUGAAGAGACCAGAACCAAGAUACACCUGUUAGGAGGAGAUUACAAAGAGGUUCUGCAAAAGUACAUCAGUCCAGAUCAGCUACCAGCAGCUUACGGAGGCACCAGAUGUGAACCAGACCCUUACUGCACCAAAUACGUGAACCCAGGAGGGGACAUUCCGGAGAAUUACUACUUGGUGAAUGUGAUGGAAACUGACAAGAACGAGAUGGAGAGAGUGACUAUCGGGAGAGGCUCCACCCGCCUCGUUCCAUUCGAUGUGGCGAAACCCGGAACCAUUCUAAAGUGGGAGUUUAUGAGCACUGAUCACGACAUUGGGUAUGGGUGGUCACACAAGCAGGAGGAGGGAGAGAAGGAAGUAGUUCCACUGAAGAGAAAGAAGAGUCACAUCAUUCCUGAGAGUGGAGCACACAUUUGUGAGAGUCCAGGAGAAUAUGUGUUGAAGUUUGACAACUCGUUCAGCUGGGUUCGCUCAAAGGAAGUGUUCUAUUCUGUGAAAGUCAUCCCUCCAGAGACGGAAUCCAUGCUCCCUUAAAAUCAUAUAGAAAGUCACAUUUUCAUGCGUGGGUGCUUUUAAUCAGUUUUGUACGAAUGCCUAGACGGUGCGCAUCCAAUGUCCCAAUGUUUGCAAUGGAAGCCGAAAGGCAGAGAGAAUGAAGUACACGUGAAUAGAGAUAGUUUAUGUGCAGGAAAAAGAACAGAGAUGCACUAUGAUUUGUCUUCAUCAAAAACAAUAACUACAAGUUGGUAAACACCCUCUCGGUAUUUGAAAUCACUUGAAGUUCAGUUUUUGUCUGCCACAAAUUAAAUUACGUCCGUCCAUAAGUGCGCAUGCGCAAAAUCAUGCGUGGGGAAUUAAAUGUUGGUAGUAUAGUAUUGGGAAGUCAGUCCCUUGUUUCACCUUUGGAGUCGGAUUUCGUAGCAUCAUGAGUAGCCAGGUAGAAGACUUGACCCCUGAGCAAUGGGAUGCGUUGGAAAAUUUGAAGAGUGCAGUGGCGGACGUGGAGGAGUUGGCGGGGAUGGACGACCGCUACUUCUUGAGAUGGCUGAAGGCUCGCAAGUUCCACUUAGCCAAGGCAGAAGACAUGCUUAGGAAGCACAUUGAGACGAGGAAGAAAUACAAACUGGACACGAUUCUCACUGACUACAAGCCGAAUGAGGUACUGGAGAAGUAUUUCCCUGGAGGUGCAAUGGGAGAGGACAGAGAUGGCCACCCAGUGUGGUACGACAACUUCAAUUAUGAUUUCAAAGGUCUACACUAUUCAGUAAGGAAUGAAGAUAUUGUUCUCUGUACCUUGUACCGAACAGAACUGAUGCUGAAACUCGGCAGAGAUUCUCCUGCUAAGGAAGAGCUGGUCACAUUUGUCAUUGACUAUGAGAAGCUCUCACUACAGAGGCACUACUACUGGCCAGGAAUACAGAUGAUCAGAAAGAUACUUGCAGUAUGCGAGGCAAACUAUCCGGAGGCAACAAAGCAAGCAUUUUUGAUAAACUUGCCGUCCAUUUUCCCACUCUGCUUCAAUCUUUUCAAGUCGGUCCUCCGCGAAGAAACCAGAGCAAAGAUACACAUGCUGGGAGGAGAUUACAAAGAGGUUCUGCAAAAGUACAUCAGUCCAGAUCAGCUACCAGCAGCUUACGGAGGCACCAGAUGUGAACCAGACCCUUACUGCACCAAAUACAUAAACCCAGGAGGUGAUGUACCAGAGGAGUACUACCUCAUGAAUCUGAUGGAGAAGGAAAAGAACGAGAUGGAGAGCGUGACUGUCGCGAGAGGCUCCACCCACCUCGUUCCAUUCCAAGUGGAGAAACCUGGAAGCAUACUCAAGUGGGAGUUUAUGAGCACUGAUCACGACAUUGGGUAUGGGUGGUCACACAAGCAGGAGGAGGGAGAGAAAGAAGUAGUUCCACUGAAGAGAAAGAAGAGUCACAUCAUUCCUGAGAGUGGAGCACACAUUUGUGAGAGUCCAGGAGAAUAUGUGUUGAAGUUUGACAACUCGUUCAGCUGGGUUCGCUCAAAGGAAGUGUUCUAUUCUGUGAAAGUCAUCCCUCCAGAGACGGAAUCCAUGCUCCCUUAAAAUCAUAUAGAAAGUCACAUUUUCAUGCGUGGGUGCUUUUAAUCAGUUUUGUACGAAUGCCUAGACGGUGUGCAUCCAAUGUCCCAAUGUUUUGCAAUGGAAGCCGAAAGGCAGAGAGAAUGAAGUACACGUGAAUAGAGAUAGUUUAUGUGCAGGAAAAAGAACAGAGAUGCACUAUGAUUUGUCUUCAUCAAAAACAAUAACUACAAGUUAGUAAACACCCUCGGUAUUUGAAAUCACUUGAAGUUCAGUUUUUGUCUGCCACAAACAUUACGUCCGUCCAUAAAUGCGCAUGCGCAAAAUCAUGCGUGGGGAAUUAAAUGUUGGUAGUAUAGUAUUGGGAAGUCAGUCCCUUGUUUUAUUUCACCUUUGGAGUCGGAUUUCGUAGCAUCAUGAGUAGCCAGGUAGAAGACUUGACCCCUGAGCAAUGGGAUGCGUUGGAAAAUUUGAAGAGUGCAGUGGCGGACGUGGAGGAGUUGGCGGGGAUGGACGACCGCUACUUCUUGAGAUGGCUGAAGGCUCGCAAGUUCCACUUAGCCAAGGCAGAAGACAUGCUUAGGAAGCACAUUGAGACGAGGAAGAAAUACAAACUGGACACGAUUCUCACUGACUACAAGCCGAAUGAGGUCGAACAUCCACUGCAAGAGAACUUGACAGAUAUUUCAACCAUUCAUCUCCUUUAUCUCCAGGUACUGGAGAAGUAUUUCCCUGGAGGUGCAAUGGGAGAGGACAGAGAUGGCCACCCAGUGUGGUACGACAACUUCAAUUAUGAUUUUAAAGGUCUACACUAUUCAGUAAGGAAUGAAGAUAUUGUUCUCUGUACCUUGUACCGAACAGAACUGAUGCUGAAACUCGGCAGAGAUUCUCCUGCUAAGUUGAGAGAGAAACUGAAGGACCUGGAGGAACUAACCGACAAGGAUGACUACUACUUCCUCCGCUUUCUCAGGAUACGCAAUUUCAAUGUCAACCUAGCGCAAUCCAUGAUCAAAGCGAGCCUGGGAGUGCGAAGAAGAUUGCAAGUUGACACUCUACUAGAGGAGUACGACCCUCCACCAGUCUUGAAGGAGUGCUUCCCUGGAGGUUUCUUUGGAGAAGACAGAGAAGGCCACCCAGUAUGGUACGACAACUUUGGAAAUCUCGACGCCAAAGGUUUGUAUCAUUCGGUGAAAAGAGAUGAAUUUAUGAAGUACAAGUUCCACCAGGGAGAGCAACUGGUCAAGCUCUGUGAAGAAUCAUCAGCCAGAAGAGGGAAGCACAUAGAGACAUUUGUGAUGGUCAUAGACCUGAAGAACCUCUCACUAACUCGGCAGUUCUACUGGCCUGGCAUCAGGUACAUUAUAGAGGUUAUCACGAUGCUGGAGCCCAACUAUCCUGAUACAACGGGGGAGAUUCUACUUAUAAAUAUUCCUUCGAGAGGGAUGUACAACCAAUUCUUUAGACUUGUGGAGAAGUUCAUGGAUGACAAGACGAGGAAUAAGAUAACCUUAUUGUGCGAUUUGGAUGAGUUAAAGAAGUACAUCAGUCCGGACCAAUUACCAGCAGCUUACGGAGGCACCAGAUACGAGCCAGAUCCUUACUGCACCAAAUACAUCAACACGGGCCGUCUUGUUCCGGAAGAGUACUACUUUCGUCGGGAGUUAGAGAGGGGAGAGGAGGAGGCAGAGAGGGUACAUCUUGGGGUGUGGAGGAACAAAUCUCACACUGUGUCCUACCAAGUGGAGAAACCAGCCACCAUACUCAAGUGGGAGAUUCAGUCACUUGAAUAUGACAUUGCCUUUGGCUUGACCCUGGAAGAUGGGCUGAACCCUCCACUGGAGAUCGUCCCACUGAGCCGAGUGAACAGUCAUCUCUACCUAGUAACUGGGAGCCACACAUGCGAAAAGACUGGAAAAUGUGAGCAGAAAUAA